AUGUUACCUUACCCUAACCCUCACCAUUUCGGCGUCUCCCAAGAACCGCCACACCCAAACCCUACCGGCUUCCCCAUGCUGCCGCUGGCCGCGCAUCUGGAUCAGCACUACGCCGACCAUCACUUCUUCCCCGGCCACGGCCAGUUCAACUCCGAGACGCUGGAGGCGGUGCUGAGGCCGCCGCGCGCUGCUCCAGAGAGCGGGCCCGUCGUGACGGCGCCGCAGGGUGGAAAAAACGGCGCGGCCGCCGCCGGCCAAGGCCACGCCAGGGCGCGGAAGCGGCCGUUCCGGACGGACAGGCACAGCAAGAUCCGGACGGCGCAGGGCGUGCGCGACCGCCGGAUGCGGCUGUCCCUCGACGUCGCGCGCGACUUCUUCGCGCUGCAGGACCGGCUCGGCUUCGACAAGGCCAGCAAGACGGUGGACUGGCUGCUCACCCAGUCCAAGCCGGCCAUCGAUCGCCUCACCGAGCCCUCUCAGCGAUGUGCCGGCGGCAGUGACGCGUCACUGUCGUCCCCGACGUCAGGGGCGCCUAACGGAUCAGGUAAUAAGAGGGGAGGGCUUGUGGAGAAGGCGGGGACCAGGAAUGGCAGAUCGGCGUUCAUGGAGCACGGCUGCGAGCUGGACCGCCUGGUGUCCGCCGCGCCGGCGCUUGGUGAGUACUACUACGCCGGCCUCAGCGAAAUGAUGAGCAACAACGGAGGAGAAGGCGACGACGACGGUGAGUACGAGGAAGACGGUGAUGAUUUCCUGGACGGUAUGCAAUACUAG